AUGCAGUUAAGCGCACGCCUUGUUUCUUAUUUUGGCCUUUUCAGCUGCACUGCAGCGCUGCCUCGCAGCACGCAAGAUGCGUCACGUGCACUUUCCCUGCAAAUGGCGCAGUCCAUCAUGGCUCGCGAGCAAGGUAUCCUGAGCAGCGGGCAAGAUUCAUCUGCGCUUCUUCAAGCUGGAUUCGUCCAGAAAGCGUUUCACGCACUUGUAACACAAUACCCGCAGCAUAUCUCCAAGUCUGCAAUCGAUGCGUACGUUCUUAAGAGCCUGGAUUCCGUUGUUCCAGUUGUGUCCAAUGCCACAAAAGAUACCACUUACCCACUCGACCGGUUGAGCAACGGAAACGGACUUGUACGAGCAUGGCAAGAAACAAACAACGAAAAAUACCACACCGCCGCUACAGCACUACGACACAGCAUUGACUUGCAGCCGAAAACCGCAGAAGGAGGCCUAUGGUACUACGUCUACCCCUACUGGAGCUAUCUCGACGGCAUGUACAGCUUCGCCCCCUUCAUGGCCGCUUACAGCCAGGCCGUGGAGAGCAGUAACAAACAGGAUUGCCAGUCAGCCAUUGUGCAGCAGCUCGACCUGCUGUGGCGCCACUGCUACGACGACAAGACAGGGCUGCUGGUGCAUGGGUACGACGCCCGCCGCGCAGCAGUAUGGGCGAAUAGCAUCUCAGGCGCGAGUCCGCACGUCUGGGGCCGCAGUCUGGGAUGGUUCUGCAUGGCGCUCGUGGACCUGGUCGAACUACUUCCUGCUUCUGCGCGCGAAGCCAGAGAGUACGUCGAGGGCAAGUUGCAGAUGCUCUUGCCGGCGGUGGUGCGCGCGGCAGAUGGAAAGACGGGGGGUUGGUGGCAGGUCAUGGAUCAGCCGGGCAAGCAGGGCAAUUAUAUUGAGAGCAGUGCGAGCAGCAUGUUUGUGUAUGCGCUGCUGAAGAGCGUGAGGCUGGGGGUGUUGGGGCGGGGCGGGGAUGCGGACGUGUAUUCGCGUGUGGCGCGUAGGGCUUACGAGUAUGUUGCUGACAGCUUUGUGGUGCACAAUGGAAAUGGAACAUUGGGGUGGAAUGGCACGGUGAGCGUGUGCAGUCUGAAUUCGACGGCUACGUACGAGUAUUAUGUUGGGAGGCCGAUUUUGUAUAACAGCGUAUUGGGCAGUGGGGCGUUUGUGCUGGCGAGCUUGGAGUACGAACGGCUGGGUCAGAAAUAG